UCAUUCAUGCAGCAGGCUGCGAUUGGCGACCGGCACCAGUCCAUCAACGAUUGCACGCGACUGAUUGACAUGUGAUGUCCAGUAAAGGCCAUCUGUGAUGUUGGUGAAGGGCGGAGAAGGCGAGUAGGGAAACAACGAUGUCGUCCAGAUGUUAUAAGUCACUGGAAGGUCUUUGUCGAAGCACUGAAAGGCAAAAGAAGGGAUGAAAGACGCAGCCAGGUGACUGCAAUUCGCUUACGUACCUCGGCAACGCUGAUCUGGAAGAUGGUCUCAAAUGAUCGUCCCUCAGUGGGCACGACAGUCGCAGUGCCGCCCUCCAUGUCUCCCAUUCUCUCCGUUGGCGGUCGAUUCAGCUCCACACCCACUUCUCUCACCACGGCUGAGCCCUCUAGUUCGGCACCGGGCACCGUAAUGCUAAGUUGAAAGCGAUAGCUAGCCUCUUCGAGUAAGGACGGAGGAAUGAUACCAAGGAUCAGUCUGACGCCGAGGUCGAGAGAUGAUGUGGGGACUGAGACUGUGUGAGCGGGCACGGUGUCGACGACAAAGGCGGCAAGUGGCCGAAACACGACUGAGGCAGCCGUGGGUGGAGUGGUCGUUGUCGAGCUCGUGACUUCUGCGGUGCUAUUGUGGGCCAGGGAUGGCACCGUAGAAGUGGCAUUGACGGCAAGUCCCUCGAAGGUGCGGACAUUUUCCCCAGCCGCUGCGGGAUAGCGCACAGCCAGCUGUCGUAGCAAGAAGAGAUUGCGUGACACCGCUUUCAUCAAAUCAUCCUCCAGCUCCUUUUCUAACGCAGUUUCCAUUCCUCUGCUUUCCAAAUCCCGGUGCAACAUAUCCACCAGUUCCAUGUGUCCGUCGGCGUCGUCUUCGAUGACCGUCUCCAUUGGUGGCAGAUUGGGUGUCUCACCGGGAACACGGAGGUUGUUUAUUCGACCAGUUGUCCCGUCAUAGCCGAGCCAGUAGCCAAGGUUGGUGAGUGGUGGGUAGGCGUAUGGUCGGUGUGUGGUCUGAGACACGAGAGGAGGUCGGACGACGUCAAUCGGGUGUCCAUCUUGCGAUAGCCAUGCCCAGCCGGUUUGCCCUUCGGCAGAGCACUCGUCGCUUUGCAGCACCUGUCCACGAAAAGAUGCAAGACAGAAUUGCAGUCCUGUAGAAAUUUCUGAGCACAAACAUGUCUCACCUCUGCUACAAGCACAAGAGGCUGGUGUUUAUUGAUCCGUGGCGGCAACACAAAUGCACUCACAGGUGGUCCCAAAGGGACAUUUACUGCUUCGACCCUCACCUCCAACACGCCGCCUUCAUCAGCUGGUCCCUGACUUCCCUGACUCCCGUGCUCGAAAUAUCUCUCGCGCAAUAGGCUGAAGCGCAAUGUCAGCCGAUCGGAGAGCGACAU